AUGAGUAAAGAAAAAGUAAAUAGGGACCUUCCUUCUCCUUCUGAGAUAGUAAUAGAAAAAUAUGGUAGGUCAAGAGAAGAUAACUCCAGUGAUACUAGUAGUGUAAGAGGAAGAGGAAGACUUAAAGCUUUAACUAAAAAAGUUAUUGCUGCUAAUCGUCUUCUUUCAGCCGAACAAAUUCAUUUAGCUGGUCAAGACCCAGGAAUUGACCCAAAAUCUGUUGAUUAUGAUAUUCAUACCAGAUGUAAAAUUUUUUGUGCGGAUUUUAGCGAGAAAGAUGCAACAACGGUUAAGAAUUUAACUAAUGAAUCACUAGAAGAAUUUCUUCAAAAAGAACGUCCUCCAGAAAGUAGAGUUCGAUGGAUUAAUAUUGAUGGAAUUUCAUGGGACGUUAUUAAAAUUCUUUCAAUCCAUUACGAUUUACAUCCACUGGCUAUUGAAGACAGUUUGCAGGGUGACCAACGAACAAAAUUGGAUCAAUAUCAAAAUCAUCUUUACGUCUCGCUAUUACUUCAUUCCCUGGUUGAACCAACUGAUAAAAAAAAUGGUGAAAGAAAUAGUGAAAGAAAUAGUGAAAGAAAUAGUGAAAUAAAUAGUGAAAUAAAUGAUGAAUCGGAUGAAAAGACGAGAACGAGAUAUCGUAAAGACUUAUUAACUAUGAAUCAUCGUGAAGAUAGUAUAUAUUUGGAGACUCAUAGACUCCUCAGAAAACAAAAAUUACACGUUACUGUCGAACAAGUUAGCAUUUUCUUACUAGAAAAUCAUAUUCUUAUUACCAUAUUCAAGUGUAGCGGAAGCUCUGUUUAUAGACCCAUCCUUGCGCGUAUUAAUCAACCUAAAACUUUAUUAAGAACUGCUCAAGAAGCAAGUUUAUUAAUGGAAGCCGUAAUUGAUGGUAUUGUGGAUUUAGCUAUUCCAAUUAAGGAUUCGUAUCGACAUCAGAUAGCUGAGUUGGAGGGAAAAUUAUUAAUAAGGCCAAAAAUGGAUUAUACGCGUGAGCUUCAUAUUAUUUCGGGAGAAUUGACUAUUCUUAAAAGAACUUUGGGACCUGUUCAAGGUUUGGUUACUUUGUUGAGAGAACAUAGUGAUGAGAAAAAUCUUAUUUCUAAUUUGGCUAGAACUUAUUUUAUGGACGUGUCGGAUCAUAUUAUAGAAAUUGUAGAUGAUUUAGAUACUAUGACUAAAAUAACAGAGAACUUAGUUAAUAUGAUUUUCAAUUUGAUUGCUUAUGAGACAAAUGAAAACAUGAGAAUAAUUGCAAUAUUUAGUAUUGUUUUCUUGCCGAUGACUUUCAUAGCAGGAUUUUUCGGAAUGAACUUUUCAAAAUUUCCUGAACUGAAUUAUGAUAUGAGUUACUUUUGGUGGGUUACUGGAGUUAGUACUGCAAUAAUGUUUAUGGUAGGGACUUAUUCCAUAUGGAUAAAAUGGGUUUCUAGAUUUUUCAGGUAUUUACAAAGGAAAAGGAAUAUGUCAGCUCGAAAAUCUGAUAGACGAGAAAUAGAAAAAAGAAAUCUGGUAACAGACGAGAAAUAG